AUGGCGACAGAAGCAAUCAUUCAAGACUUUCUCACGAAUGAAGUACCGGUGUUUCGAGUGGGUGAGGUGGAAUACGAGCGUUCCGUUGCGACGGCCAAUCUCCUGUACCGGUUUACUCGACCAGAUUGUGUUGUCCAGCCUCGGGGCAAUGGCGAUGUGCAGUACAUUGUCACACAAGCAAAGGCUCGGAAUGUCUCGCUUACCAUAAAGAAUGGCGGUCAUUCGUAUGCUGGAUUCUCCAGCGCCGAAACCGGAAUCUUGUUGGACCUGGUCCGGAUGAAGAAAGUGACGAUCGAUCGGAAGACAAUGAUAGUCACCCUGCAGGGUGGCUGUCAAUGGGGCCACGCGUACAAACAGCUAGUCAAUGAGCGUAUGAAUGGCGCUAUCAUCAACGGUGGCCGCUGUCCGACUGUGGGUGUGAGUGGCUUCACCUUAGGCGGUGGUCUUGGUCCAUUUACCCGCAGUUUCGGCAUGGGGUGUGACACCCUUAAGGAGGCGACUAUCGUCACUGCGGAUGGCAAAUUAGUAACAGUGACAGACGGUGAUGACCCCAAAUCAGACAAGGGCAGGCUCUUCUGGGCGCUAUGCGGUGCCGGAGGUGGCAAUUACGGAGUGGUGGUCGAAUUGAAGCUCAAGAUUCAGGAGUUGCAGAACAGCGGAGGGGAAGUGGUCGCAGGACGCUUCACAUGGAUGCCCAAGGUGGACGAGAUGGAUGAUUUUAUGCAAACAAUGAUUCGCUUCUACACCACGGACUGGCCGGAACAGAUGACUCUGGAUAGCUCCUGGCUGUGUGAUUUAAAGCAGACUUCCAGUGAACUGGGCGUUCGAGUGCUGUCCUAUUUCGAUGGUAGCAAGGACGAAUUCGACAAUGUGAUCAACACAUUUGUACAACAGCCAGUGCUCAAAAAGCAAUUAAAGCGACGGUCCAUGGCGGAACCAUCCACCCGUUUCCUCCAUGAGACUCUCGUGAGCCAGUGGUCCGAAGAAACCGUGAAGUCCUUCCCCACCAACCGUUCCUACCAGAUCUAUUCCUCGUUUGUCUUCAAGAACGACCGAAGCCGGAUGAAGGCCGUUACUGAGGCCAUCCGUAAGGAGAUGCAGGCUUUCCGCAAACUAUUCAAUGGGGAACAGGGGCUGCUACAGGUGACCUGGAUUCAUUCUGGCGGCGAGGCCAGUAGGAAAAAGCGCUCCGCAACGGCCUUUCGCUGGCGUGAUUGCACCUACCACGUUUACAUCAUGUUACAGUGGGAGGAUAAAUGGCUGGAGCGUGACAUGUGGGGUUUCCUUGGACUGUUCAAACAGAAGCUGCAGCCCUACUCGAUGAUGGGACGGGCUGCGUUCAUCAAUUUUCCUGAUCGCACUCUCACCACUGAAGCUCACGAGAAGGUCUACUACGGAAACAACCGUCAGGAGCUACAGCGAAUCAAGCGAAUCUGGGACCCCGACCAUUUCUUCGAUUGGAAACAGGGUAUUCAGCGUCCGACAUCUACCCGAGAGGUUCAGUCCCGGAUGGCUACAAUCCAACUCAGAACUGAGCCGGACACAGGCACAGCCGCUGCAGAUGAGGAGGAAGAGGGAGGAUAUGAAGUUUCAUUAGAUGAGAAAGAUCUGACCGACAAGAUCGCAGGGUCGCAGUGGAACGACGUUUCCCUGCCCCCUCAAAACGCCGUAGGGGGAAGUGGUGUAUUUGCCUUGACAGAUCUGGGAUUCUGA